AUGCCAUUGUUUGCUUUGUUACUUACCACACUAAGGCAACUUGGGAUCCACUUCAACCCUGUCGCCGAUAUGCCUUAUAUUCCCGGGGAAUUAGAACUGGAGCCAAUGCUCGUCUUGGCCAACAAUAUUAGAGAAAACGUCUUAACUUUGAACAACUUCUUCGCCGCAACCUCACAUCCUAUCCCUACCUUCUCCGCUGAUACAGCGCCGAACAAAACCAUUAUUCCACCAACAAGUCCUAGCGAGAUCCAAGAUGCACGCUCCGCUCUCAUUAGUUCCGCAAGAACAUUACUCGACCUUGCCCUGGGGCCGGUCGGAAUUCUAGAAGACCUUAAUGCAAAUGACACAUUUUGCAUGCAAGUGAUUCAUCGAUAUCGCAUUGCGCAGUGUUUCUCUCCCGACGAGAUAAUCACAUUCGAGGAACUUUCUUCACGAUGCGGACUUAAUGUAAUCGAUUUGAAGCGAGUGCUCCGACUUGUUAUGACCAGGCAUGUUUUUGCGGAACCAAGGGCUGGCUUCGUGGCGCAUACUGCGGCUACUAGGUUAUUGCGCGAGGACGACAGAAUCCGGGCAUUCUCGGGCAUUAUCGCCGAGGAGCGAUUCCCAGCAUCAGCAAAGGCGGUUGAUGCGCUGGUCAAAUAUGGAGAAUCACAAUCCUCAAACCAAUCAGGUUUCUCUCUUGCAAAUAAUACAGAUCUAGGUCUAUAUGAUGAACUUCAAACACACCAUCCGGCCCGUGAAAAGCGCUGGAACCUCGCCAUGAGCGCAAUGGCCGCUCGAAUUGACUUUGAUUUCAUCCUCGAUAACUCAGAGCUAUCAUCACUAGAUCCCGGAUCUCUAUUUGUUGAUGUAGGAGGCGGCAACGGCACAAUAAGUAUCGGUCUCGCCGAACGCCUCCCACACCUCCACUUCUUAGUACAAGAUGCCGCUCCCCACGCACAAGCACAGUCAUACUCGGCAAAAGGAUCCGCAUCCAAAGGAGACGAGCGCCGGGUAAUGUGGCAAACGCACGAUUUCUUUACCCCGCAGACUAUCGUGGGCGACACAUACUAUUUCCGAAAUAUCUUCCACAAUUGGCCGGAUUCCCAGUGUGUUCAAAUUUUAAGACACCAUCUUCCUGUUUUGCGACCGAAGACGAGACUUAUUAUCGAUGAUUUUGCUUUGCAUGAGCCGCUUACUGUUCCUCCCUUUGAGGAGAGGAAGACACGGUCUAUGGAUGUUACUAUGCUUGUUUAUUUUGGUUCUCAUGAGCGUACUAUUGCGCAGUGGCGGGGUAUUCUUGCUGAGGCUGAUCCGCGAUUUAGAUUGGAAAAGUUCACCCAGGAUCCCAAACAACCUAAUACUAUUCUUCAGGUUGUGUUUGGAUGA